AGAAUCGUGCAGGUUUUUUAUUUUUAUUAUUAGUAUUUUAUCUUUUUUUGGGAGGAGGAACGGGGGGGCGUAUGACAGGAGAUGUGGAUAUGGCAAGGAGAGGGGGAUAUGGAGAGGAGGAGGAGGAUGUGGACAAGGAGGACAAGGAGGAGGCGGAGUCGAGAUGGAGGAGAAGAGAUGGACGGAGGGAAAAGAAGGAGGGGCAGGAGGAGGACGAGUCGGAGGAGGAGGAGACAUGGACGGCGAGGAAGGGCAGGACACGAGAAAGGGGAGGACACGAGGAAGGGAAGGAGACGAGGAGGCAUGGAAAAUGAGGAAGUACGAGGAGGAGGAGGAGACAACGAGGAUGAGGAAGGGCAGGAGGAGGACGACAAACAGGAGGAGGAGGAGGAGGAGGAGGAGGAGGAGGAGACGAAAAGGAGAAGGGAGGAGGAGACAUGGAGGAUGAGGAAGGGGAAGAGGAGCAAGCAACAUCAAUCGGUUCCGGCGGAUGACGAAAUAAGUGAGAUGAAGGAAUAUUUUAGAAAAAAGGUGCAGAAACAGAAAAUGGAAGAGGAAAGGAGGGAGAAAGAAGUCGAGUUGAGGAAACGAAGGGAGGAGGAAGAGAGGAAGGAAGCCGAUACGAUUAGGGAGGCGGAGGCCAGGGAGGCGAGACUGGAGGCAAGGCUCGUAAGGCUGAUGAGCGCGCACGCGAAAACGGUUAAUCCGGCGGCAGCCCAGGGAGUGAAGAAGAAAUCCCCCAAGUCGAAAGCGCGCAUGUUGAGAGAAAUAACAAGCUAUCUAGACGAAUCAGAGGACGAAAGUGACAAAGUGAGGGAGGAAGCGGGGAGACUUGUAGAUGCUAUCGAGAGGAGGAAAGGGAAGCGUAAGAUGGUCGAGGGCGAGAGGAGAACGGCGGCGAUACGGACGAACGCCACUCGAGCAGCACCGAUUGUGGUGGAAGAUAUUCCAGACGACGAUGUUCGAACUCCGAUAGCCAAGGGGAGGAAGGCCAGCAACAAUGCAGCAUAUGACGAAGUGUUAGAGUUCGUGAUUGAGAUGCAUCGGAAGCUUUCUGCAAAGAAGGCACCCGAUCGACGGAAGAUGUGCAAUGAAGAGGGUAUAGAAUGGACGAGAAAGGAAGCUGCCGUGAGUGAAUUGGUGAGGUGCAGAACGAGACUCGUGUAUGGAGAGAUGACCGAAUCAUCGCAAAUGUCCCCGCUAUCAGUGCAGGGGCACGUGAAGGUGAGAAUGGAUGAUGUAACGUGUGUUCCGGCGUUUCUGAAGAACUCUAGGAAUGUGACAAGCGGUGACGAGGUGUCCGGAGAGACUAUUCGGGCAAGCAUACUCCAAGCACUGAGGCCGUGGAGCAAAGGGAGGAGAAUCGGUGUGAGGGACGAGGAUCUAAGUAGAUGUAUCGUGAGACGGAGGGUGGAGAGUAUGCGCGCAAUGAAAAGUGACGAAGUAAGGAUGUGGAGCAGAACGUUUGAGAAUCUGUUAAAAGUCCCGUUCGAUAGGAAUCCCGGAGCUACACUACUGAUAUGCCCGGUGCUGUACAUGCACGCAUGCAAAUUGAGCUUCAACUGGAAUCUGAGCUUUUUGCCGGUUCAGAAGCCUGAGGCCGAGAUUAUAGAAGAGAUGAAGCGGCGAUACGUGGAGAAAGGGAUGACCAGGAUAGCUGGGUGGGCAAAUGGAGGUGAGAUCGGCCAAGCGUACGUUAUGCCGAAAGACAAAGAUCUGGACAGAUGGAGACCCAUCUCUCCGGCGUCUAAGGAUCCUGCCCGAUUGGCAGGAGCAAGGCUGGGGCGUGCAGUAAGGUACAUGCUGUCGAGUACCAGAAAUGUGGAGUACUUCGAUCUGCGUGCCACCGAUGAUAUGCGACGACGGUGUGAAGGGAUCCGUGAGGAGAUGAAGAAGGUAGCGGUCGGAAUGGUAGCAAGAAGCUACGACGUCAAGGAUAUGUUUGCGAGGUUGGCACAUGAGAGCGUAAUGGAUGCAGUAUCAUGGGUGAUCGCGAGGCAUCAGCAUCGAAAGUUCGUAGGGGUGAGGGUGAGCAAGAGGGGUAAGUUAUGCAUGAUGGCAAAAAAUACGAGGAAGAGUGAAGGGUUUGUUCUCCUUGACUUUGCUCUGAUAAAAGAAGGCGUGAGGUUUGAACUGGAUAACACCUUCGUGAAGAGUGCUGGGGAGACUCUGAAACAGCUGCUUGGAAUUCCUAUGGGGAGGAAUUCCAGCCCGGCCCUCGCAUGCGUAGUGUGCGCGAGGUCUGAAGCUGUGUUUAUGGAAUCUCUAGGGAGAGACAGAGAGUUGAUAAGAGGAAUGAUGAUGGUAGACGACAUCGCUGUAUUCGUGGGUUGCGAUCUGACUGACCAUGGUUCACGAUGUAAGACUAAGCAGAUCUUCGCGAGUUUCGAAGACUGCUAUGAUAGAAGCCUCAAGUUGGUGAGGAAGGACGAGGGCACGAAUGCCUUCGAAUUUCUGGGUAGUCGGUUAAUGGUCGAGUAUGCACCAAUCCAGAUUCACGUUCUCCCUCGGACAAGAAAUCAGCAACAUCUGGCGGAAUCAGGCAGUAUCAGGGUCCAUUCCAUGCAAGAUUUUGAUUCGUACUCGAAGAAAUCAGUGAAAAAGGCGACACUUUUUGCAAGCAUGGUUAGGGCAUUACGAGCGUCUACGUCGGUUGAAGCUACAAUGGCAACGGUGACAGCCAGUAUGAUAGAAGCACGCCUUCGGGGAUACCCCCCGGAGGUCUCUCUCGCUGCUUUGGCAAAGUUUGCCAAAUUUUCCGGGAGUCCCUGGAAGGAAGAACUUUCCAGGAUGUACCCCGGAAUUGAGAAGUAUCUGUAGGAYGGCAUGGGAGGCCGCAUCACGAAGUGACGAUCUGGUUUUUCAGGCAUAGCGUGGGUUUUGAAUCCUAAGCCAGGAAGGGUGUAUACUAACGAAGCAAAAACGAAAUGUGAAUGGUUUUUGGGCGGGAGGAUCUGAGUGGGUUUUUGGUAAAUCUAUAUGCGCGUGGAUUUUGCGUUUGGAUUUUGCRAAUUGUGCCGAACRCAGUAGACUGUAUAUUACUUAAAUUGUAGUACAAACCGGAGAUAAUUACCAUAUAAAGCUGUGACGAGAAUUUCUGCGCCUAUAUCGCUGGUCAGUGAAACAGGUAAGGCAUACGAAGGUGACUCGGCUGAGUAAAGGAGAUAGCGUGAGCGAGAGUUCACRCGGGAGUGCACAUAUCGGAGAUACAGAGGUAAGACAGGGACCAGAUACACAAAGAGGUGAGACGGUGAGAGGUGAGGGMGGGAGGUGGGGAAUGAGGAAGAGAAAAGAAGCACAGAAAUGAACGUGGACAACACGA